AUGUUUGGAUUCCGCAAGACGCUCGACAUCAUCACCGUCUUCCACAAGGCGGGAUCCCCGGCCUCGACCCGGGUCGCCAACCUGCUCAAGGAGAUCUCGGUCAACCUGCAGACCGGCGCGACCAUGGACCAGGCCAGCGACUACACCCUGCCGAAGCGCGACCCCUUCGAGCUCAACAUCACCGAGGAGCCGCCCACCGCCGAGCAGGUCCAGACCAUCCUCGAGUACGUCGGCAAGGACAACAUCUCGCAGAUCAUCAAGGGCGCCCACGACCAAAAGGAUGCGCUCCGCAAGUUCAAGGAGAGCAAGGAGAACUUUGUGCGGCCCGUGACGGUGGACUGGAACAACGGCAAGGCCAUUGCCGGCGCCAACGACUCGGAGAUUCUCAAGCUCGUCAAUGCGUCAAAGCGAUAG